AUGGCCUCCGGCUCCGAUCCCGACGCGCGCUACGCCGAGCUCGCCUCCCUCUCCGGUGAGAAGCUCGUGGACCUCCUCCGCACCACCCACCGCAGGGCCGACUUCGAAGCGGUCGCGCGCGUUCUCAGAGCGCGGGAUCGGAGGAUCGCCAAGGCUGAGGCCGCGCUCUCCGCCAUCGACUCUCUGCGGAAGAAGUACAAUGCGCUCCUGGACGAGCACCAUCGCUCGCGGGGCGAGGCCGAAGAGAUGGCGCCCCUGUUGGGUGCCGCGGCCCUUGACCAGGUGCGUAGGGACGAGCCGCGCGUCGAGGAGUUGGACGAUGUGCCGCUGAAUCGGCGUUUGAAGCGGCCGAGGCAAGGCGAGACCAGUGUUGUGGAAUCGGUGAAGAGGAUUGGACAGGGGCAGAGCAAGCCGGUCGCUACUCCGGAGAUUUCGAAGCAGGGGCCGGGAAUUGUGGCACCGGAGAUGUUGGGUGGAGGAGGAAUGCCCCGGACACAGACACUGCCUCUUCUUUCCCCGGGGCUUCUUCACAGGAGUGUUCUACUACCAAAGGUUUCGCCCCAAAGUGGCCAUGGCAGAGCCAAAUUUGGCAAGAAAGAAGGCUCAUCUCAUGGUGUCCUAGCAAGGGAAGUUAGUGAAGUACGCAGGGGAAAUGGUAAAAUUAUCCAAACAUCAAGGGCGGAAUCAUCAUCCACAUGUGCUAGCAAGAUAUCUGGGACUGCAACGAAAGAGUGCCGAUCCCUUUGUAGACAGAGACAGACUGAGGAAUGGAGGUUAGCAAAGGGAGGACUUCCAAUGGAGGAGACAAGAAUGGCCGCAUCUCAUCCUUCUCUGGGCAUUCGCAGCCUCUCUGGGGCAGAGCUUCGACGAUAUUUUCUCAAGCCAGAACGAACUGCCCCAGCUUCUUCUAUAGAAAAGAAAACGCAAAAUUUCUGCGAUUUGACCAAGAGAGGAAAUGGCUUGUCUAAGAAACUUCAGGGUGUGUCCUCGAAAAAUAAACUGCUGGGUGGAGACUGA